AUGACCGACAAUGCCCAUCUCAUACAUAACCGGGCCUAUUUCAAACAACUAACUCCACAAGUGCUCCGAGACAAACCUCUAGCAGGGCACACAUCAACCUCCUCCGAAGUAAUCACCAUCUCCAUAAACAACUGCGGCACCCGUCUCGUGACCUCACGCACCGACAAAUCGUUGCGCAUAUGGAAAUGUCUUCCUGACCGCAUUGUAGAUCCGAUAGUUGUUGAGGAUGCCCACUCGAAAGCGGUUGAAAGCAUAUCGUGGGAUCCCAAUAGUGAAUAUACUUUUGCAACAGUGGGAAGAGAUGAAUACGUAAAGAUAUGGCGUGGUGCGACUGGUACGUUGGAGAAUGUGAUCAAGACUCCGUUGGAUUAUCUAAAGUUGGUUCGGUACUCGGUAGAUGGCGAAUUAAUGAUUGUUGUUGAUCGAAGUGCAAAUGUGUUGUGUUUUGCUGUUAAUCAGAAUUAUAAGGUUGUUUACGAGUUUAAAGUGCUGGAUCAUGUUUAUGAUUUACAGUGGUUCAAUUACGGUCAUGCAUUUUUUGUGAUGGCAAUGCACGAUGGGUCGUUGCCGAUAUAUAAAGUAGCUGACAGUGUCGUUGAUAAUAAUGGUAAUGGUGGAGCUCAAAGCAGUGCGCGGGUUGAAAUUGAGCUAAAAACAACAUUGAGAGGACAUCGUUCAUCUGCGACAUCAAUAUCCAUCUCCCCCAAAGGUGGCCAUUUUGCAGUGGGAGCCAGUGAAGGAGUCGUUAGUCUAUGGAGCACCGGCUCAAUGGUCAACAAUGGAGUCAUAACCAGUAUAGAUGAAGUUGUAUCAUCGUUGGAAAUAAGUUCGGAUGAAGCAUACGUAGCUGUCUCGUUUGAUAAGGAUUCAAACUCGACCAUCUAUGACAUGACCAGUGGCGAACUAGUGUUUGAAAUGCCCAAUAGUGCUAGUGGUAGUAUGACUUUUAGCUCAGUUUGCUGGUUUCCCAACAAGUCUAUACUUGCAUACAGUUCUGACUUCGGUACUACGGUAACCUGGCUCAAAAAGGAUCGUGCAAGGAAAGAUAGAGAGGAAAGAGCAAGUAGUGUGUUGGGAUUGGCAAAUGGGCCAAGAAGAAAAUAA